GGGAGCAGUACUGCCGGCGGGUCAGGGUUCGGCCUUAACAUGGCGGUUCCGGUCGGGCAGUGACCAAGGUUUUGCUGUCGGGAGGACUGAGUGGCGACUGUCGGCGUCUCCACCUACUAGGGUGGAAUGUGAGGACGCCGGGGAGAGCGCUGAGGGGCGGCGGUGACGGGGAGGGGAUCAGUGGUGUGUGCCCUGGGAGCAGAGGCGGCGUCGUCUGUUUCUUCUACUUGUCUCCAGGCUCCAGUGUGGGGCCCCGCCCGGCCGGGCAGGCCGGCGGGCGGCGGCGGUAGCUGCCGCAGCCACAGCCACAGGAUCUGCUCUGAGGGUGGGCCGGAGGGCGGGCGCCACCGUUGCGUCUGCCGCGGCGAUGGCCCAGUGCGUACAGUCAGUGCAGGAGCUAAUCCCGGACUCCUUCGUUCCUUGUGUCGCCGCGCUGUGCAGCGAGGAAGCAGAGCGGCUUACUCGUCUCAAUCAUCUCAGCUUCGCGGAGCUGCUUAAGCCCUUUUCUCGCCUCACUUCCGAGGUUCAUAUGAGAGAUCCUAAUAAUCAGCUUCACAUAAUUAAAAAUUUGAAGAUAGCAGUGAGCAACAUUAUCACCCAACCACCUCAGCCUGGAGCCAUUCGGAAGCUUUUGAAUGAUGUUGUUUCUGGCAGUCAGCCUGCAGAAGGAUUAGUAGCUAAUGUGAUUACAGCAGGAGAUUAUGACCUUAACAUCAGUGCUACUACUCCGUGGUUUGAGUCUUAUAGAGAGACCUUUCUUCAGUCGAUGCCAGCAUCAGAUCAUGAAUUUCUGAACCACUAUUUAGCAUGUAUGUUGGUAGCAUCAUCUAAUGAAGUUGAACCUAUGGAACAGUUUUCAAAAUUGUCACAAGAGCAGCAUCGAAUUCAGCACAACAAUGAUUAUUCCUACCCUAAGUGGUUUAUACCAAAUACGCUUAAAUAUUAUGUACUUUUACAUGAUAUAAGCGCAGGAGAUGAACAGAGAGCUGAAUCAAUUUAUGAAGAAAUGAAACAGAAAUAUGGAACUCAGGGUUGUUAUUUGCUUAAAAUUAAUUCUCGAACGUCAAAUCGAGCAUCAGAUGAACAGAUACCAGAUCCUUGGAGUCAGUAUCUCCAGAAAAGUAGUAUUCAAAACCAGGAAUCAUAUGAAGAUGGCCCUUGUACUAUAACUUCAAAUAAGAAUUCAGAUAGUAACUUGCUUUCAUUGGAUGGAUUAGAUAACGAAGUCAAAGAUGGCUUACCAAAUAACUUUAGAGCUCACCCACUUCAAUUGGACCAAUCCAGUGACCCUUCUAACAGCAUUGACGGACCAGAUCAUGUAAAAUCUGCCUCGUCAUUACAUGAAACAAAGAAAGCAAAUACUGGAAUAAUUCAUGGUGCAUGUUUAACACUUACCGAUCAUGAUAGAAUUCGACAAUUUAUACAAGAGUUUACAUUUCGGGGCCUUUUGCCACAUAUAGAGAAAACAAUUAGGCAAUUAAACGACCAGCUAAUAUCAAGAAAAGGUUUGAGUCGAUCUCUAUUUUCUGCAACUAAAAAAUGGUUUAGUGGCAGUAAAGUUCCAGAAAAGAGCAUUAAUGAGCUGAAAAAUACAUCUGGGUUGCUGUAUCCACCCGAAGCACCAGAACUUCAAAUCAGGAAAAUGGCUGACUUAUGUUUUUUGGUGCAGCAUUAUGAUUUAGCUUACAGUUGCUAUCAUACUGCAAAGAAGGAUUUUCUUAAUGAUCAAGCAAUGCUGUAUGCAGCUGGUGCCUUGGAAAUGGCAGCAGUGUCAGCUUUUCUUCAACCAGGAGCACCCAGGCCAUACCCUGCUCAUUACAUGGAUACAGCAAUUCAGACAUACAGGGAUAUCUGCAAGAAUAUGGUAUUGGCUGAAAGAUGUGUAUUGCUUAGUGCUGAAAUUCUAAAAAGCCAAAGCAAAUAUUCAGAGGCUGCAGCUCUCCUAAUACGGUUGACAAGUGAGGAUUCUGAUCUCCGAAGUGCACUUCUUUUGGAACAGGCAGCACAUUGCUUUAUAAACAUGAAGAGUCCCAUGGUUAGAAAAUACGCAUUUCAUAUGAUAUUGGCAGGCCAUCGGUUUAGUAAAGCAGGACAGAAGAAGCAUGCUUUACGCUGCUAUUGUCAAGCCAUGCAAGUUUACAAAGGAAAAGGCUGGUCUCUUGCGGAGGAUCACAUUAACUUCACUAUUGGACGCCAGUCCUAUACUCUCAGGCAACUGGACAAUGCUGUGUCUGCUUUUAGGCAUAUUUUAAUCAAUGAAAGUAAACAGUCUGCUGCUCAACAAGGGGCCUUCCUUAGAGAAUAUCUUUAUGUUUAUAAGAAUGUAAGUCAGCUAUCACCAGAUGGUCCUUUACCACAGCUUCCUUUACCGUAUAUUAACAGUUCAGCAACACGGGUUUUCUUUGGCCAUGACAGACGACCAGCAGAUGGUGAAAAGCAAGCAGCUACUCACGUAAGUCUGGAUCAAGAAUAUGACUCUGAAUCCUCUCAGCAGUGGCGAGAACUUGAAGAGCAAGUUGUGGCUGUGGUUAACAAAGGAAUAAUUCCAUCCAGUUUCCAUCCCACACAAUAUUGUUUGAACAGUUAUUCGGAUAACUCCAGAUUUCCACUCGCUGUUGUGGAAGAACCAAUUACAGUAGAAGUGGCUUUUAGAAACCCUUUGAAGGUUCCACUUUUGUUGACUGAUUUGUCAUUACUCUGGAAGUUUCAACCUAAAGAUUUCAGUGGAAAGGAUAAUGAAGAAGUUAAAGAACUAAUUACAGGUGAACCUGAAAUGAUUGGAACUGAAGUUAUUUCAGAAUUCUUAAUUAAUAGUGAAGAAUCUAAAGUGGCGAGACUAAAGCUCUUUCCCCAUCACAUAGGGGAGCUGCAUAUUCUGGGAGUUGUUUAUAAUCUUGGCACUAUUCAGGGCUCCUUGACAGUAGAUGGCAUUGGUGCUCUUCCUGGAUGUCAUACAGGAAAGCAUUCCUUGAGUAUGUCAGUCCGAGGGAGACAGGAUUUAGAAAUUCAAGGUCCUCGACUUAACAACACAAAAGAAGAAAAAACAUCUAUUAAAUAUGGUCCUGAUCGACGUUUAGAUCCUAUAAUCACUGAAGAAAUGCCACUAUUGGAGGUGUUCUUUAUACAUUUUCCUACAGGGCUCCUCUGUGGAGAAAUCCGAAAAGCAUAUGUAGAAUUUGUCAAUGUCAGCAAAUGUCCUCUUACUGGAUUGAAGGUCGUUUCUAAACGUCCAGAAUUCUUUACUUUUGGUGGUAAUACUGCUGUUCUAACACCACUGAGCCCCUCAGCUUCUGAAAAUUGUAGUGCUUACAAGACUGUUGUGACAGACUCUACCUCUGUGUGUACAGCACUCAUAUCAUCGGCUUCUUCUGUAGACUUUGGCAUUGGUAUAGGGAGUCAGCCAGAGGUGAUAUCUGUUCCCCUUCCUGACACUGUUCUUCUACCUGGAGCUUCAGUCCAGCUACCAAUGUGGUUACGUGGGCCAGAUGAAGAAGGUGUUCAUGAAAUUAACUUUUUGUUUUACUAUGAAAGUGUUAAAAAGCAACCUAAAAUACGACACAGAAUAUUAAGACACACUGCAGUUAUUUGUACCAGCCGAUCUUUGAAUGUGCGAGCUACUGUCUGCAGAAGUAAUUCUCUAGAAGAUGAAGAAGGCAGAGGAGGCAAUAUGCUAGUCUUUGUGGAUGUGGAAAAUACCAAUACUAGUGAAGCAGGUGUUAAGGAAUUCCACAUAGUCCAAGUAUCAAGUAGUAGCAAGCACUGGAAAUUACAGAACUCUGUAAAUCUUGCUGAAAAUAAAGGCCAACUUGCCAGUAGGGAGAAGGGAAAGUUUUGCUUCAAAGCAAUAAGAUGUAAGGAAAAAGAAGGUGCCAUGCAGUCCUCAGAAAGGUAUACCUUUGCAGAUAUCAUCUUUGGAAAUGAACAGAUAGUAAGUUCAGCAAGCCCAUGUGCAGAUUUCUUUUAUCGAAGUUUAUCCUCUGAGUUGAAAAAACCACAAGCUCAGUUGUCUCUGCAUACGGAAAAACAUUCAACAGAGGAUGCUCUGAGAUUGAUUAAAAAAUGCAGCGAGGUGGAUUUGAAUAUUGUCAUAUUAUGGAAGGCAUAUGUUGUAGAAGACAGUAAGCAGCUGAUUUUGGAAGGUCAGCAUCAUGUAAUUCUUCGCACUAUAGGAAAAGAAGCCUUUUCUUAUCCUCAGAAACAGGAACCACCAGAAAUGGAACUGUUAAAAUUCUUCAGGCCAGAAAACACUGCAGUUUCCUCAAGACCAUCAGUGGACCAGCUUUCUAAUCUCAUUAAAACAAGUCUUCACUACCCAGAAUCAUUUAAUCAUCCAUUUCAUCAAAAAAGCCUUUGUUUAGUGCCAGUCACUCUUUUACUUUCUAACUGUUCUAAGGCUGAUGUAGACGUGAUAGUUGAUCUUCGGCAUAAAACCACAAGUCCAGAAGCAUUGGAAAUUCAUGGAUCAUUCACAUGGCUUGGACAGACACAAUAUAAACUUCAGCUUAAAAGCCAGGAAAUUCACAGUUUGCAGCUGAAAGCUUGCUUUGUUCAUACAGGUGUUUAUAACCUUGGAACUCCUAGGGUAUUUGCCAAGUUAUCGGACCAAGUUACAGUGUUUGAAACAAGUCAGCAGAACUCCAUGCCUGCUCUAAUCAUCAUCAAUAAUGUGUGACAACUUGCAAAUUUAUACUGAAAUCCACAAGAAUCAGUUUAAUUUUCCUGAAUGGUUUUUACAACAGUAUUUGAAAUACCUAACGUGUUUGGAGGUGGUUGUCUGAUUGCUGCAAAAUAAUUCAACCUGUCACUUUGUUGAUGAUGCAAACCCUGUUGGACUGAGAAUACUUAUAUUCUUUUUUUUUUUUCUUUCUUUAAAGCUGGUAAUAAUUUACAUACUCAUAAUACAGAAUCUCAGCAUAUCCAUGCACCUUAUUAAGCCCCAUCUUAAAAACAAUGUCUAAGUCUGCUGUUACAACUUGUCAGUGGUAUGAAUAUUAGGAGAUGAUUUUGAGGAAGGAAAGGCCUUGUUGGCAAUACUGUUCAGCCAUUAGUCUAUAAAUUCCAGCUUUACUGUGAAGUUCUAUAGAGUGUUAAAUACAGUUUUUCCUGUCUUGCUUCACACACCUCUCCAAAAUCAAUUUGAACUUUGGUUAUAGAGUCUUCAUAUUUCAGUAUCUGGUGGUUCCUAUGGCUUAUAUAUAACUUUGUAAAGAGAAAAAAAAAUUUUUUUCUGAUGAUUUGAAUAAUAGUUUUGAAAGGAGUUUGACUUUUUUUCCUCGUUCAUCUCAGUAUAGAGUGCACUAUUUCACAAUAUGAGAUUUUUGUCAUUAAAAUCAUUUUAUUAUAUUACUUUAACAAUUGAGUUGAUCUGUUUAAAUAUAAAUCUACUCAAGUUAAUUAAAUAAGCUUUUCAAAAAUGUAUUAUAUUUAUAACAAAUGUACUGUAAAUAGAAUAAAGACAUGCUAUUCACUGUAUAGAUUUAUUAGAUGCCUUUUUUAAAAUCUGGUUUUCUGAAGACCUAAUAUAUUCUCUAUUUAAAAUAAAUGCCAACCAUAUACAGCAGGUACCCGCCCAAUUUUCUGUGAAAGCUUUAUUGCCAUUGUUUCUGAAAGUGAAAUAUGGUCUUUAUUCUUAAAUUUCCUAAAGUCCUUGAUGGCCUUAUUAUACAUGAGCAAAUGAAUGUUGUCUUUAAAUUCGUCAUGUCUGAUGCCUGUUUACAAAUGUGAAUAAUCCACUUUUCCUAGUGGAAAGGAAGAUCAAAGCUUAUUGAACUUAUUGUAAAUAACUACCUUGCUGACUCUGAGGUGGUUGUGACAGACUAGGUAAUUUGCCUUCCUGCUGAGGAGAAGUAAAAUGUUAACAAAAGAAAACCUCUUCCUGAAGUGUUGCCAUUAUAAUCAGUCAUUAGUGGAUCAAAAUCCAGGAGAGGAAAUGCCAGAGAGAUAAGGCCAGCAUAAUUGGGAUUGUUUGCUUUGGGAGUUUUUAUCACUCAGGAAGCAGUGACCUAGAGACACAGUCAUACAUUGCACAUAUUUUCAAGAUAAGAAGUAUAUAUGCCAGGAGAAAUAAUAUAAAUGGAAGUGAGAAGAGAAAAACAAUGGAAAAUAGGGAAAAAGCUAAGAGAAUACUGAACUUAGUAAAAACGUCUUGUAAUGUUUAUAAGUAUCUAGAAAGAAAGGAGGGAAAGCAUAGGACAGUAUUGAGAGAAUCUCUGAUAAUUUUCCAAAACGAACAUCAGGUUGCAGGUUCAAGAUUCAGUAAAUCCCAAAAAACAUAAAUUCUUAAAAAACCUAUAUUCAUAUGCAUCUGAGUGAAACUACUGGAAAUGAAAGACAAAGGCAGAAAUAAUCUGGAAUCUAGAAGAUAAAGCAUACUUCUUUUUCCUCCCCUGCUCCCAAACUGGGGAUUGAAGCCAGGGCCUUGCACAUGCCAGAUAAACACUACCACUGAGCUACUUCCCCAGAAUAUUCUAAAUGUUGUUUUGCACAGCGUCUUGAUAAGUUGCCUAGACUGGCAUCAAAUUUGUAGUCCUGCUUUGGCCACCCAGGUAGUUAGGAUUAUGGUAUGUGCUGCCACUGUGCCUUGUUGGUUUGUUUGUUUUUGAAGGGGUGAUGGCUAUCAAACUUGGGAUCUGAGUUACAUUUGUCAAGUAUUCUACCACUGGACUACAGCCCCAGCCCCAAAACUUCGUUUAACAGUAGCAAUAAUUAAAUUGAUAGAUGACUUAACAGAAAAGAUGGAAGCCAGAAGACAGUGGAAUAUCUUCAAAGGAUUGAAAGGACAACUACUAAGACACAGCCCCAUACAGUGAGAUUACCCAUCAAGAAUGAGAAUGAAAAUAAGAAAGAAUGGGAGUGAAACAUAUUUUCAGACAAAGGGAAAAAAAAACAAAACACAAAACCAGAACAUUCACUUUCAGGUGGCCCUAGGAUCAUGGCAGCUGUCCAAAUUGAAAUCUUUCUUCUCAUCCUCCAAAUGAUUAUAUAAAUAACAGUAAGUGCAAAUGAAACCCCUUUUAGCAUAACUAGAAAGAGAAUACUAUAAAUUUUCCUUAAGUGAAAAUUUUAAUGCUAAAUUUUAAGAAGUUAUCAUAAGUUUCUACUACAAAUCUUUGUAGAGAUGUGGGGAAGGCAGGAAUCCAAGAAGAUUGUGCAGAAGAGGUGAGCAGAGGGCAGGAGGGUGAGCUGAAAUCACUUUAGAGAAAGCCUGCUGUUUUAUUUUGGGGGCUUGGACAAUAUGAGAAUAAAGGAGGAGAAAGUACAGUGAUAGAUAGCAUUCCCUUCUGAAAUCUUGGAAGGUUUCUCUGAAACCUAACAAGUGAUUCCUGAAACCAACCAUGUCCACUAGAGGGCACUAGGAAUGCAAUUUGGCAUCAAUGCUGUUAUUAACCAUUUGCCUUCGAUAUUAGCAGUAUGUGAUACUUAAUAGUUGGAAAUUAAAGAAAA